UCUAUAACUGAGGCGCAUUGUGUCCUGUAAGCUCCAGCAGUCAAGGUGUUCCUCCGUGUUUGGCUCCACUCAGACAAAGACAAGGAGCCAUGGCUGUGGCUAAUUUCCACUACAUUACUCGGAUGAGCAGCGGCUUUAAGGUCUACAUUUUAGAAGGUCAGCCCCACCUCAGAAGUGAAGACAGAUACAGACACAUCACAAAUGACCGGGUCAGAGCCCCAACAGUGUAUCCAGUCAAGCGCAAGCGCAGCAAUGACAGAGGUCUGACACUGGAGGAAAGGCGAGAGCGAGCGCUGAGCAGGAGCAGUGGUAAGGAGGCCCAGAGAACAGCACCAGCACCAGCUGUGUUCAACAGCCCGCAGAGCCCCACAUCCACCUGGAGUCCAACACCCAGCCCCACCAGCCCUCUGCCCACCCAUGUGUACUACACACCAGUCAUGGAUGAACCACUUGCCCUCAUCAAGAAAGCAAGAAAGGACCCUGAAAACACAGAGGAGAAGUCCAAAGACAACGCCACCACUCAAAUCCAGAUGCGCCCCUCUGUGAUCACUUGCGUGUCCUCAGUAAGAAACCCCACCUGCAGAUCUGAGGUCCACAGAAGCCACUCAUCAGUGGUUUCCAAAUGCAACUACGACCACGUGGUUGAAGAGCACUUCCAGAGGAGCCUCGGGGUGAACUACCAGAAAGCUCACUCCCAGCAGCUCUCCAUCAGCGUGUCCGUCGAUGACCACUUUGCCAAGGCUUUGGGAGACAAGUGGCUGCAGAUUAAAUCCAAGUCUUCCUCCUGUUCCUCCACACCUCCCAGCAGUCCAAGCGUUACUCACUCUCCCACCCACAGCCACAGCCCAAAUCAGUCCCACAAAGAGUCCACCAGCUCAUCGCCGACUUGCAGCCGCUGGUCCGUCAAUUAAAGCAGAAAUGACCUCUGAUACGAGAGGAAACUGGACGUUUGACAUUUCACUGCGUGAUGCUCUGCUUGCUGAGCGAUGCAAAUGCCAGUGCUAGUGUUGAGAGGGCAAGCUAACAGAUGCAGGAGAGCUGUCACUUUGGACCUCUGCGUGUCCGAACUCAAGACACAUUGAUGCAGACAAAUGUAGCAUGAAUCCUUGUUUUGUUACAUUUUUAUCCUCUGCUUGUCGAUAGCCUCUGAAUUCCUGAGAUACUGUAGAUGGUGAUGUGGGAUGAUUGAAAAAUCAGCCAAGUAAUCCUUUACAUUUCUUUGAUUUUGUGUCAUUUGUUCAAUGCAGCCUGAGUGCCACAAUUUCACUGUAUUAUAUUUAUAUUCUGAUAGACCUGGGGUCCUUAUAGUCUAAAUGACUAGCCUAUCUGCUGUGUAACAUUAUGCUUAUGAGCUGUACACAAAACAACUUUUGAAAAGACUUUCAAAAAAAUAAAAAAUCUCA